UGCCACUCUGUGCGGGGCACCUGCUUUGCGGAAGGCCCAAGGCUCAGCCCCUGCUGGCACCUCCAAGUAGAGCUGGAAGAAAGGCUCCCGCCUGAGACCCUGAAAAGCCAUGGCAGCCAUGUGUAGCCAAUACUGAGGAAGAGGGACCAAGGGGCUGACGCACACAUACGGCAGCGUCCUCUGCUCACAUAUACACUCCCCCCCAUCUCAGCGGCUGGGGCGUGGGGAGGGGGCGGCUGGCCAUUUUGUACGCUGGCCACUGGGAGCGCAUUUGCCGCGCGGCGCGCAACACCAGAGCGGGUUGCUGGAGACUCCACCGGCCGGUGGGCCUCUCCUCCGCCCACGGAGGCGCCCCUUUGCAAGCCCCCGCAUCCUGCCUCCAGCGCCCCACACCUCGUGGAGGGAAUCCUGGAAGGUUCCAGUAACCUUUGAGGACCUGGCGAUCUAUUUCUGCCUGGAGGAGUGGGUGUUGCUGACGGAACGGCAGAGGGAACUCUACCAGGAUGUCAUGGAGGACAACUUUGAGCUGGUGGCUUCACUAGGGUCCAUGCCUCCCAAACCGGAGCUUAUAUGCAAAAUUGAGCGAGGGGAAGACCCCUGCAUCGUGGAUCGCCCCAAACAAGAGAGUGCCAGUUCUGGUGAGUGGGACAGGAGCAGACCGGAGCAGAAGAUGAAGGAGGAGGCCAGUGGGCGCUGGAACCUGCCCACGUCCCCUCCCGGGAGCCCCUCCAGGCCACCUUUCCCUUCCCUCCAAAGACUGUGCCCCAGCUGGUGCGAGGUGAAGCUGAUGGACUUGAGGAGUCUCUCGCAGGGCUCUCUGGAGAUGGGGGCACCACCGCAGGAGGAGUUGCUGAUAUGUGGGGAGUGUGGGAGGAGCUUUGUGGACAAGGACUCCCUGAGGGACCACCAGGCUCUCCACAAGGAGGAAAAAGGCCCCUUCGUUUGCCCGUCAUGUGGGAAAAUCUUCCAGUACCACCUUAACCUCCUGGCCCACAAGAAGUACCGUGGGAAGAGUCGGCAUGCAUGUGCCCAGUGCAGCAUCCAGUUCUGCGUCAAGGGGGAUCUGCUGCGCCACCGAGCGGACCACGCGGCUGAGGGCCUCUUCCCUUGCAGCACCUGCAGCCUGGUCUUCCGGCGCAAGGGCCACCUGUGUGCCCACAAGGCCUCGCAUGCCGGGAAGGUGCCCUUUAAGUGCCCCGAGUGCGGUGAGGCCCUUGGCAGCGAGGCGGAUCUCCUAGGGCACCGGGCAGCACACCAGGAGGACCGGCCGUUUGUCUGUGCCAAGUGUGGCGAGAGCUUCAGCUGGAAGGAGAGUCUCCAGAUCCACCAGCGGACCCACACCCAGGAGGGGGGCUACCCCUGCCCCGUCUGUGGGAAGACCUUCACCCGCCAUGGGAACCUCCUCACCCACCAGAGGCUGCACACAGGGGAGCUGCCCUUUGACUGUCCUGAAUGCGACCGCCGCUUCCCCAACAAGGCCAACCUCAUGGCGCACUGCAGGCUCCACCGCCGGUCCAGGCCCUUCACCUGCCUGCGCUGCGGCCGCUGCUUCCGCUUCAGGGAGAAGCUUCUCAAGCACCAAGAGUCCCUUUGCCAGGAGGAGAUGCAGGUGCAGAUCGAGGAGGUUGCGCCGUAGCGUUCUGCCUGCGCUUGCUGCGACUGUUGGUGACUGCCCCGCUGGCCAGCAGCCUUUCUGAGAAAGACUCAAGUGUUACCAUCAGUGAAUCCCUUCUCUCUCCAUUAUGGAGGGCCUUGGGGUUUUCUCCCCUGCCCGGCAUAAAUCUCUUGAUUUUUUAAAAA